UGGGCCCUCGCUCUUCCGGUGUGGGGUGAAGCUGAAGCCGUGUGGUGUGGCGUUAUCUCUGUUAGAUUUAUAAACGUUUGUCUCGAAAUGUAUUACAGAAUCAGCGGAGUGACGGGGAAACUGACCGGAUCUACACCGGCCAGCGCCUACUGCCCACAGGGGCUGAAACCCACCAUUCCCUCACAACCCACCCCCAUGAUCUUCGCCUUACCAACCAAGGUGGUGUCAGACGCAGGAUCUACAGCCGAGUCUCUGGGAGUCAACAAGGUCCCUGAGCUCCAAAAGCUCUUUCAGAAAGCUGACGGCAUUCCAAUUCACCUGAAGCGUGGAGUCAUCGACCGACUACUGUACAGGACUACGAUGGGCCUGACGAUCGGAGGAACCUUGUACUGCUUAGUGGCCCUGUAUUUUGCUGCUCAGCCUAGAAAAGUUGAGUAACCCGAAUAACCUUCCUCCCCCUGGAGCAAUGAAACGGACCAUAACGACUUUAUUCCCAAAGACACUUUCCAUAAUUGCUUUGGUUCUGCAAUAUUUGUUUUCCACCUCCUAUUAACCCUUAAUUUAUAUGGCCCUCAAGAGGGUUUGCAAGUUCAUGUUUUAGAAACAGGUCAAAACCAUCACUACUCUGUGAAUGACGAAGUUCAGGGAUAUGGUGUAGUUAUAAUAAAUGCUUUGUGUAUUAAAUGCCAUUUUCAGUUUGGGAAGCUGCUGCUUUGGACAUAGGCACAGUGGCCUGUAUGCACAGAUGCUUGCAAUGACAACAGUGUGAAAUGAUGAAAUAAAUGGGAGUUGUAAAAUGUGAUCAAAAAAUUCUUGGACCAGUUUUCUGUUUUAUCCAGAGCAUACACUUACAACAGGCAAUUAUGCGAUCUCAGUCUCACUGAAGAACAUAAUGUCCUUUUCAGAUGCUUCUGUGUUCACGCAUUUACAUGGCAAUAAAUCUGUUUUCCUGUGUAAUUUGACUGUGAAUGACAUACUUGUAACUUUUCUUGAGAAAAUAAAUAUUUUGUUCAUAAAAAUGAAAGAAUAGA